AUGAGUUGGACUGGUUCACAUCAGCGUGGCAAACACAAGUUCUACGGUGAUCCCCGCCGCACCAUUCUGCUUCUAGAAUCACAUGACGUCGAUGCUAUCUUGCUUUUCUGUGCUUGUGCGAAAGCUCCAUAA